AUGAUUCGAAAUAAAAGGAGGAACGAACAAGUCCUUCCGACAGAUGGUGAUGCUCCCACAAAAAUAUGUCGUGAUUUAAAUGGUGGCAUCAGUUUAGCAACAGUCAAAAGGUGGUAUCAGAUGAUCCGUCGAACCGGAUCUAUCGAACUAUCCGGUACAUAUGGUGGUCCACGUAUAAUCAGGACCAAAGAGAAUAUUCAAAAGGUGAAAAACCGUUUACGCCGAAAAAAAAGAGUAUCUGCUCGGAAGCUAUCGGUGGAGCUUGGUAUUUCUGCAACAAGUGUCAGGCGAAUAUUAAAAAUAGAUUUAGGACUGAAGCCCUAUAAAAAGGUAAUCGAACCAUCACUUUCUGAUGAUCAGAAGAUCAAAUGGAAAAAAUUUGCAAAUUGGGUUCGAAACAAUUUUGGAAAAGAGGAAAUCAUGAAAAUUCUCUUUUCGGACGAGAAGUUUUUCAACAUUGACGGUGUCUAUAACUCUCAAAAUGACCGAGUGUGGGCAGUAGAUCGUGUUGAUGCCGAUGAAAAAGGUGACAUUCAGCAGAGACGAAAGUUCCCACACAAAGUAAUGGUGCGGCUGGGUGCCUUCUCUAAGGGUAUCACACUCUUGGUGAUCUUGGAUGAGAGAACGGUCGAUCAUGGUUAUUAUAUCAAUAAAGUACUUCCCGUAGUUUUAAAAUAUGGGAAUAAAGUUUUUGGUGACGACUGGAUCUUUCAGCAAGAUGGUGCAAAGCCACACCAACAUAAUUUAACUCAAAAAUGGUGUCAAGAGAAUUUUCCAUCAUUUAUUGACAAGGAUCAUUGGCCUCCCAAUAGUCCGGAUUUGAACCCUUUGGACUAUUCAAUUUGGGAUGAAUUCGUCAACGUCAUCGAUUGGAACAAGGUCGAGUCAAAAGCAACACUAAUUCAACAAUUAAAAUCGUCCGUGAAAAAGAUUCGCGAAUCAGUCGUUGUAGAAAGUUGCACUAGUUGGACUAAUCGAUUGUAUCGCAUGUCUCAAAAUAAUGGAAAUUAUUUGCACUAA